AUGAAUACUACUAUUUUAAAUCAAAGCUAAGCAAACCCACUUAAAAUGUCCCAAAAUAAUUAUAUGCUAAAUCACACACAAGCACACUCUGACUAUGGAAAAUCUAACCCUCGAUUCGAUUAAAAAGUUUAUCAAGAAUUAUGUGGAUGCGCUCCAACUCAAAUUGUCCCAAUAAUAAAAUUUUUACUGAUUUUCAUUAUGUUGGGUGCACUAAUAGGAUUUAUCUUAAGUAUUGUUGGAGCAUGCUAUGAUGGAAGCAGUUGGAUGGGUAGCCAACCAACGGAAACAUAUGCACUUUUUAUUACAGAUAUUAUUUUGUGCGUUUUUAUUUUUGGACUUGCCCUUUUUGCUUUUAUUCAGCUAAUGAUGAAAAAUUUUGAGCUUGGUAUUAAAGUAGAGCUCACUCUUUUCUUUGUAUUUGUCUUUUUAGCUUGCUCAUUAGCUGGAGGUAUAAUAAUCUAAACAAUAGAUCAAUCAAGUUCUGUAUCCUAUUCUUGCAGCUAGGUUUACUAAAAAAUAUGGCCAUCAUCUGUUUUAGAUGCUUCAUAAACUGCCUAAGCUAAUUUUUGUUCUGGUAACUGUCCAUGUGAUUAUUCAUCUUAGUCUUAAUCGAGUUAUCCAUUAGCAGGAUAUUUUGAUCCAUCAGGUCCUAUAAAUGCAUUAGGAUGUAAAUAGUAUACUCCUCUGUCUCAAAGCACUGUCAAUUUAUUACAAAAUCUUGAAUCAUCAUGGAAAUGCGCAGGAAUAUGCUCUGUCAGUAAAAUGUACCUAUUUACAGACGUCAAUAGAGGAUAACCUAACUCAUAAUAAAGCUGCUUCUAGAUUGCAAGUCAAAAGCUCUAUCCGUUAAGCAACUUAUUUUUAGGUGGUGAUUUUACCAUCAGCAUUCUACAAAUGAUUAUAUUGCUAUUUUUAAUGAAGUUAAAAACUUUUUUGGACAGAGAUGAUGUAAGAUUAUUCUCAGGAGUAAAAACAAUCGAUUAAGAAAGGUAGCAUGUGUAUGCAACUUCAAUUAUUUAAGAUCCCCAUAAUUAAUCUAUUGCCCAUGAUUAAUCUAGUAUCAUUAGAUAGGAUCACUAGCAGUCAAUGAUUCAAAAUCAAUAGCUCUAUUAACAGGAAUAAGUAAUUCAAUAAUAACCACCUUAAGUUUAUUAGACAUAGUAAAAUUAGACCUUUGUUAAAAAGAACAGCUUUAUCCAGCCUCUUCAUACUUAGAUGAACGCUCUUCCAGCUGCAACUUCUAACUAAUAAUCUUCUUAACCUGUUAUUUCAGUUAUUUAAAAAUAAAAUAGCAUGUCUGCUUAGAGUGCUUAAGUAGCUCCUUUUCCUAACUAGAAUGUAAACAAUGUUAAUUCUUCUAAUAAUUAAGUUUUAUAUAAGCAAAACUCUAUUACUAUGUAAAAUUCAUAAAUAAUUUAAAAUGCUUAAUAUAAUUCAUAAAAAACUGCUUCGUUUCCAAAUCAAGGACAAUAAAUAACUAGCAAUAAUAAUAAUUAAGUAGUGCCUUUAAAAGAAGUUUUAAAUAAUAAUGGUAAUUAAAAUUAAAUAUAUUAACAAAACUAAAACUCGGAUGUUAAAACAGAUAUCGAAUAUUAGUAUUAAAGAGAUAUCUAUAAUACACAAGGAAAUUAGAUUAAUAGGUAACCUACUUUAAAUUAAAAAAUUUAAAAUUAUAGAGAUGAUUUUGAUGGCUAAGAUCAGUCUCCUAGCUCACCAAUGAGAUCCUCAAUUGUUUCACCUAAAAAAAAUAAUUAUAUUGAAAGAAAAUAAACUAUAGAGCAUACACCUGUUAAUAAUUUAUUUGAUGACGAUGUAGCCUAAAAUAAGAAUAGAAAUAACCUCAAUAACUCAAUUGUAUUUUAGAACAAAGCUGCAAAUCAUCCAUUAAGCUAAUUGUAAUAAAAUCGUUUAACAUCUUCUUCAUUUUAAAAUGCCUCCACUAUGUAAUAAUCCCCAAUAAGGAAGGGGUAAUAAUAAACAGGAGGUUUAUCAGUACUAGCAAAUACAGGAAAUUUAACUUUAUAAAGUAGAAAUGUAGCAACUCCUGUAAUGUAAAGCGAAAUGCAUAAUGAUGAUACUUAAGGUGUAGUUCACAAUCUAGAUAUGGUAAAACCAAAAUCAAAUAACAAUACUUACAGACCUUAAAGUAAUGUGGUUUCUUUAAAUUUGGAUCCCUCUGCCCCAAAUAGUUCAUAUUAACUAAAUGAUGCUGCAUUCCGUUCAACUAUGUAAAAUUAGAGUACUGUUAGUAAUGGGAACAACAACACUAACAAAAAGUUUUUCUCUAAAUAAAACUAAAAUAAUAAUAUUAUUGUUUGA